UGUACCGACACUGAUUUUAUAAACUUUGUGGAACAGGAAGUGACGUAUUACGCAUUAGCACAUUGAGAACCACAUGGGCAUGUUGAUAUUAAAAUAAUUUCUUAUAUACCGGACAUUGGUCCAAAAUGGGGAAGAAAUCGAAGACAGGAAAAUCGAGGAAGGAUAAAUUCUACCAUUUGGCUAAGGAAACAGGUUACAGAGCUAGGUCUGCCUUCAAGCUAAUCCAGUUGAACAGGAAGUAUGAGUUUCUUCAGAAGUCAAGAGUUGUUAUUGACUUGUGUGCAGCCCCUGGAGGUUGGCUACAAGUGGUGGCAGAAAAUGCACCAGUCUCCAGUCUCAUCGUCGGUGUUGACUUGGUGCCGAUACGUCCUAUCAGAAACUGUAAAACCCUUGUAGAGGACAUCACAACAGAAAAAUGUAGACAGUCAUUGAAGAAGGAACUUCAGACAUGGAAAGCUGAUUCUGUGAUUCACGACGGUGCUGGAAAUGUCGGAAAGAACUGGCUCCAUGAUGCCUUUCAACAAGCUCAGCUCACCCUACAGUCCCUGAAACUGGCCACGGAAUUCCUGAAGAAAGGCGGUUGGUUUGUAACCAAAGUGUUCAGAUCUAAGGACUACAACUCCCUACUUUGGGUAUUUCAGCAACUCUUUCAGAAAGUCCACGCCACCAAACCACAGGCUUCUCGUAACGAGUCUGCAGAAAUCUUUGUCGUCUGUGAAAAGUUCCUGGCCCCUGACAAAAUUGAUCCCAAGUUCUUAGAUCCCAAGUUUGUUUUUAAGGAGACUGAUACAGAGCCAAGACAGAUGAUUAACCUUAUACAUCCAGAGAAAAAGAGACGACAGCGGGACGGUUACGCAGAAGGGGACUAUACUCUGUAUCACACCCUGAAGGCAUCUAGCUUCAUUGACAGUGACAACUACCUAGACUUAAUGGCACAGUCCAAUGCUGUGGUAUUGGAUGAUGAUAAAAUUUCCAAACUACCAGAAACAACAAAGGAAAUCAAAGAAUGCUUGGGGGACUUAAAAGUGCUUGGCAAAAAAGAUAUCAGGUCGCUGAUCAAGUGGCGAGCACAAGUAAGGAAGAUUUUGGGAAAAGACGAGGAAUCCAAGGACAGCAAGGAAAAAAAGGAUGAGGUAGCGGAGGAGAGUGAAGACGAGGAGGCUCAGAUAGAGGCUCAACUGACAAAGGCCAAGGAUGAGGAGAGGAAGGUCCUUAAAAGGAAACUGAAGAAGGUACGUCGAAGAGAGAAAGCUCGUCUGCGGCAGAAAAUGGACAUGAAAAUGGUAAUUCCUGGAGACAAACAUGACUUCACUGAUGAUGUCGGCCUCUUCAACCUCAACAAAAUGAAAAGCAAGGCGCAACUGGACAAGGUCGAAGCAGGUGAGAAUCAUUUUGCUGAUGAAUUUGUAUUGGAGGAGCUUGAAGCCAAUGCAGAAACAACUCCACACCAGAAACGAAAGGCCUACGAUCGAGAUAGUCAUGAUCACCUGGACGAAAUGUACUCUUCAUCCGAGGAUGAGGAAAAUCUAGAGGAACCUGAUUUAGAGAAUUUGGAAGAUGAGGAAGAUGCCGAGGAAGAGGAUAUGGAGUUUGAAGAUGAUGAGCAGGUAAAAAAAGAUGCCAAUCCACUCAUAGUCAACUUGGAGAAAGUCUCGACACAGGUGGAACGUAAACUCAACUCCUGGUUCAACAAGGAAUCAUUUGCCGGUUUAGAUGAUGAAGUUGACGAGGAUGUAGAGAUUGAGAAAAUGAUGGAGGACUACAAACGACGAGGAGGAACCAUUACAGGAAGAAAAGAAGAAAGUAAAGGAAAGAAAACAAAAAAUGUUGACAAUGAAGAGGAUGAUAGUGGUGUGGAUGAAAAACAGGACUCUGAUUCAGAAAUGUCUGAUUCAGACGAUAAAGACGACGAUAAAGACAAUGAAAGUGAUGAUGAGGAUGAUAGUGACGAGAGUGACAGUGAUAGCAGCGAGAGUGAUUUGGAUACAGCCGAGAUGAAAAAGGCAUCCAAUAAAAAACACUCAACUUCAACAGGCUUCGAGGAAGUUCCUGCAGGUUAUAUAGAUCCCACAGGGCUGGCUAUAGGGGCUGCCAUGGUUCAGUCACGGAAACGUAAACGAGAUAUAGUGGACAGUGGAUACCACAGAUACAUGUUUGAUGAUGAAAAUUUGCCAGAAUGGUUUUUAAAGGAAGAAUCUAAACAUACCAAGCGUGAAAUGCCAGUUUCAAAGGGGGACGUCCAGGAAUACUUGAUGAAGAUGAGGUCAAUCGAUGCUCGACCUAUCAAAAAGAUCGCUCAGGCCAAAGCUAGGAAAAAGAAGAAGGAAAUGAGACGACUUGAUCGAGCGAGGAAGAAGGCGGAGGUGAUAUCUGACACGGCAGAUAUUACAGAUAGGGACAGAUGGCAGCAAAUCAAACAGGUUUAUAAGAAAGCUGGGCUGCUGACUGCUAAAAAGAAGGAGGUAACAUAUGUGGUAGCGAAGAAAGGUGCAGGCAAGAGGGUCCGGCGACCUGCUGGUGUGCAAGGGCCAUACAAGGUUGUAGAUGGCCGCAUGAAAAAGGACAUGAAACAGAAAAAACAACAGUUGAAAAUGCAAAAAAAGAAAGGCAAAAGUGCAGGGAAAAGGAAAAAAUAAAUAUUUUUUGUUUCAU